UAUAGACCACGCAGGUGCGCCCCGUGCUCACGACACACUACUGAACUCCAGAGCGGCUCGCGUGUGUGCCCUGUGGUCAGUGGAACAUGUCGUCCUCCUCCAGAAGCCCCACGCUCAUCACGGCCAGGCUCUCCCCGCCAGGACAGAUGUCCACGAAUCAGCGACGACCAGGAGAGGAUCCUGGAGUACAACUUCGGCCACCUGACGAAGACUCCCGACGGCAUCACGCUGGAGAUCAUCGCCGCCGAGUCGGGACUGUCCGUGGAGGAAACAGCGAAAUGGUUCCAACAUCGGUACGCCCUGUGGAGACAGAAGGAAGGUCUUCCGCCCAACAGCGGAAGGGUAACAGACUAACAGACGAACGUACAGAACUCACCAGGGAAGAACAACGUCUGUCAGGGAAGAACAACGACAACGUACUCAACAGUAUGGCGGCGCUCAUCCAAUAGCCUUCAUUGUUACAAUACAAACUGCAGUCUUCAUGCAGGGCUAGUCCAUUUUAAAAGUUGACAUUUGACUGUCAGACGGAUUCGGAAGAAUUUUGUAGGGUGGAAAUUCAAUAGAAGGGAGUAGCGACUGAUAUUUAAGACAGGGGUAUAUAUUAUAAGGAAAGUUUUCAGAACACCCCCUCCGUAACUUUUCACAUGGAAUAGUCUACGUCUCGCUUUGGGGGGGGGGGGUAAUUAUUCUCAUCUUCAAACGUCGAGUUGUCAUACAAAUAUGUUUCCGCUGCUUCAUCUCAUUCAGGUAUGAAUUCGAAGGAAGUAUGAAUUCGAAGGAACUGUGCCGAAAGUUAGUAUGACGAGCGAGAAGCCGGAUACAUAUAUGUUUAAUCUAGGAAGGUAUUUGUGUUAUCUUAUGAUGUACAUGUAUAUUUUAUUAUGUAUGGUGUUAUUUAAUUUGCGGCUGUGCACGCAAAGUCUUCUCUGAAAGUAUACAUUUGGACACAGGUACCAGGUGAAAGACAUGUAAACAAUUGUCAUGACUUGAU